UAGCACUAAUUCUGCAUUAUCUGUCCCUCGCUCAAUUUUCCUUCUCUCCUUUAUUUUGUAGCUGAAGGUCUUUCAUUGAACACAUCAGGUACAGUUUUGGCUACUUUGUUUUCGAACACCCUCUGCUCUUCAACUCUCAGUAGCCUGCAUUUCCAGAGGAGUUGGUUAUGUCUUUUCGAGGAUUUGGCCGGCCCAAUGCUUCAUCGGGCAUGGGUGUUGCUGAUCACAGCAAAAAUGCAUUUACAGAACUGCAGAGGAAGAAGGUCUAUCGCUACGUGAUCUUUAAGAUUGAUGAGAAGAAGAGAGAGGUUGUGGUUGAGAAGACUGGCGGCCCUGCUGAAAGCUAUGAGGAUUUUGCUGCUGCUUUACCCGAGAAUGAUUGCCGAUACGCUGUUUAUGACUUCGAUUUUGUGACCUCUGAAAAUUGUCAAAAGAGCAAGAUAUUCUUCAUUGCCUGGUCUCCUACAAGCUCUAGGAUCCGUGCCAAGAUGCUCUAUGCCACAUCUAAAGACAGGUUUAGGAGGGAGCUGGAUGGUAUCCACUAUGAGAUUCAGGCUACUGACCCUACAGAGAUGGAUCUUGAUGUGAUCAAAGACCGUGCAAACUGAAUGUCUGCAACAUAGUGGUGGCCUGGAAAUUGAUAUCUGCUAUACCUUGAAACUUAAUCAGUACUUGUUGUUUCAUCAAGCAAUGUGCAGAAUCACUUUCUGUUACAUACCAGUAUUGCAUAAUCCUUGAAUAACUAGCACUUGAAAAGGCAGAUAAGAAUCGGUGGGCUAGCAUUAUAUUGUUGCUCUGAUUCCAGUUUCUUCUAGCAUUUGCUGCCUCGAAGGUUAAGUAUGUUGUCUGAUAAUGCAUAAUUACUGUUAAGACUCUAUUCCAUAUUACUGGUUCUGGAUCUGGUUCUGGUUCUGUUUCUGAGUAUAUGUAUCUCAGCCGUUUGUUUUAUAACUUCUUUUAAUGGGAUUGACAAAUCAUAAUAUUACAAAGUUUCUGCCUA